CUCCGAAUGAGCUUGAUUCGCAUUUGAGUCGUUUAUUAUUACUGCCCAGCACUGACACUGGGCUGAAGAAAGGAAAGAAAGAGACUUUCAUAAAAAAAGAUGAAGAAAGAGACUCAAAGUUGAAAGCUUCAAUGGCGUGCCUUGUGUCCAUGACCCUCUCUGUACCUCUCUCAGCUUCACAUUGGUUCACAAAGGAAAUAGCUCCGAGAAAAUCAGUUUUUGUUGGACUUUCAAGCCUACCAACUUCAGGAACAGCUGCAAAGCCUUCUGCCUCCUGCAGGACAAAUACGGGCAUAUCGUCUUUGAAUCGGAGUUGUCAAGAUCAUCUUUUAAUCCCCUCAAAACCUCAUUUUGAAAGAAUGUAUUGUUGUUUGAAUGUAGAUUCUUGUAGCUACAUGAUCAUAUCUGGUUAUUGGGUAGGACCUGAUAUUGAUGAUGGUUGGGGAUAUGUGGAAGCUUUUGUUAAUCCAAUUACUUGAGCAUUUUUCUCCAUUCCAUUGGUUUUUUUUUCUUUCUCCUUUUGGCAACCGUUUAUGCUUCUGUUGUUUGGCCUUACUGGAUGGAUAUCAAAUGCGGAAGAAAUGAGGAAAUGACCCUAUUAUCUUGUCUGAA